AUGAAGGUGUGUGUAGUUACCCGAGACCAGAGUGUCCUCACAGGUCCAAAGCUUCUCAACAUAAACUACCUUGCUGUGCUGUCCUGCCUCAGCCUGCUGCUGGUGCCCAGGAACCAAAACCCUGCGAAAGUCUACUAUGAGAUCGACUGGAGCAAAUUAUCUUGCAAGAAGAAAGCACUGGAUACCACCUUUAUUCCCAUGCAAGUUCCCCCUGAUGCUAAACUCAUAGGCCAAGCAUUCAUGGGCUCCUCUUCCUCCUGGGGAAUGGGUGUGCUAGUCAACACCUGGACUGGAGAUUUGCCAGAGAGCGGUAAGUAUAUGACCAUCUUCACUGAGACUGGCUGCAUCCCUGUAAACUUCACUGGCUACACUCCAGCAUCUGGAUGGACCACUGUCAGAGGUAAAAUACCUGGGACUCCCCACCAGUAUUAGAACUGAAGAAGCCCCUUGAAUGAGAGGUGAAACAUCUUCAAUCAAGUCCAGUUGCCCUCGAUUAAUGCUUUUUGGGUAAGAAAAGUGUAUUUUCAUGUACAGUGUGAUGAAAAUUAUAUGUUAGACUCACUGAUAUGAUAAAUUCCAGGACAACACACAAAAGCAUAUACCUUCGUCAACCCUGUUACCACUGAAACGGUAACAGGGUUGACGGUAACAGGAUUGAUGAAAAGCUUUAUUGCCAGCCACUACUAGCCUUGUGGUAAAUGUCAUGACACCACGUGGUGAUCAUUCAUGAGAGAGUUAAAUGGUAUGUUAUAUGUGCUGUUACGACCCGUGAGGUCUGUGGGCUGUUUUUGUGUUGCUGUGGGUGUGUACGUCUCUCUUGCAGGUGUAUACCUGUACCCUGAG